GUUAAGCCCGGUUCUCACUGCCGUUUUUCGAUCGUUUGGCGGAUCGUAUGGUGAUCGUAUCGUGAUCGUAUGGUGAUGGGAUGGGGAUCGGCACGCCCGUUUCCCGAUCGCCGCGAUGGUAAUCGUGUGUUUGCAGUGAGAACCGGGAAAAAACAUGAUUGUGCGCCACGUUCGGAAGCGGCGGAUCGUGCGUCGUAGUGCGUUCCGUCGAAAGAUGGAUUGAGUUUAUCUUUUGCCUUGAUCGUAUCGUGCAUCGUGUGGGGAAAUUGCUGUGCUGCUGCUCUUCUUGCUGCUGCGUUGUGGAAGAUUUUGUGGGUGAUGGCCGACUUCUGGUCUGAACGAGCUGAGGAGCGACUCAUAGAAGCAAUCAAAGAAUAUACAUGGCUUUUUGAUUGUAAACAUCGUUGGUACAAAGAUAAAAAUAAAAAACAGAACUCAUGGAUGGAGCUCGCAGGACUAUUCGGAGAUGGAAUUGGUGCGCCUGAGGUCGAACGGCAUUGGCUCCUGAUGCGGGACAGGUACCGAAGGGCCAAGAAGGCGAGUAUGGCUAAAGUUCCGAGUGGAUCCAGUCGGCAAGACGCCGAGCGCUCGAGGCCAAGGUGGCCGCUAUUUGAGGCCAUGGACGCGUUCCUGGCGCGUCACACGUGCCAGAGGAGGCGGGGCGGGGACAGCUUCUCCGUUCGACCAGCCAGUCAAACAAGCGCCUCACACGGCAGCCAACCAGCUGUCUACCGACAGGAGGAUGGCUUUGUAAGUCAGGACGUGCCGGCCUCCGUCAUCAUCAUGCUGGAGGAUGGACGGAUCCUCUCCGAGUCCGCCGCUACGCCUGGCGCGAACGACCAGGGCGGACCAUCAGCCGGGCGGCCCCGAGCCACAGAGCCGGAGCGCUCACACCGACGGAGCCGCACUCGCAGCCGCAGCCCAUUGGGCCAGGCGAGCCCAGCCGAGCCGACGCGGCAGCGCAGCGUCAGCCCAGCCGAGCCGCGGCAGCGCAGCGUCAGCCCAGCCGAGCCGACGCGGCAGCGCAGCGUCAGCCCAGCCGAGCCGCGGCAGCGCAGCGUCAGCCCAGCCGAGCCGCGGCAGCGCAGCGUCAGCCCAGCCGAGCCGCGGCAGCGCAGCGUCAGCCCAGCCGAGCCGACGCGGCAGCGUCGCAGCCCAGCCGAGCCGCGGCAGCGCAGCGUCAGCCCAGCCGAGCCGCGGCAGCGCAGCGUCAGCCCAGCCGAGCCGACGCGGCAGCGUCGCAGCCCUGCCGGGCGAGCUGGGCAGCAGCGCGGACGUGGUGGCACCGGACGCCCACCCACUUCGGUCCGCCAGCGUCGCCGCCACCAGGAUGAAAGGCAGGGGCAGGGCGCAACUUGGCAGGAGCAAUUCCUGUCCACAUGGGAGAAGUCUAGAAGGCCGAAUGACCGGGUAAGUGCCUUUGGGGACUACCUAACGCACUUAAUGCGCAUGGUGCCGGAGGAACGGACCAUUGACAUGGAGGUGGAGCUCGUGCGUGUCGUGCGAACCUUCAUGUGAAAUGAGCAUGCGACUGGCUAGUCGCAUGACCAUAUCACAUGUUUUGCCAUGUUAUCACAUAUUUUAACCCGCGCACCGACGGGGGGGGGGCGGAUAUCCGCCCCCCCCUGAGGUUUUUCGCGAAUAGCGGGAAGUAGCGCCGCGAAAUUUGGUAUGACUAUUCCCUCAUCAAUUUUACACAUGGUGUGCAAGUUCAAACCUCGUAACUUUUAAUGUCAGGUCACCAGGUCACUUUGAAUGACCCAACCUCAAGUCACUUUUUUGCAACUUUGUCACCGUGCCAGAGCUACAGUAGAUGUCGGAGACCUUUGAAAGUCGCAGGAUGUUAUAAGAUCAUUAGUAGCUACAAUUUGUAUAUCUCGGAAUUUUGAUAUCGGUGACCUAAGGUCAGGUCAAUUUCGCGACUUCCCCAUUAUAAGUCAAUGGGGGAAAAAUCAACUCCCUAUUUUUACCACUAAAACGGGUCGGAAUGGCCCCAUAUACCAUACAUGACUUUAUAUACGAUCAACCUUCACUACCUUGAGGUCUGUUUUGCUGUUGGGCAGCUGUGAGGUCAUGUGACGUCAUCAAAGGUCACCAAAGGUUUUUGGCCAAUAACUCCGUACAGGAACAAGAUACAGCCGCGUGGAUGGUCUCAUUGUGUUCAGCUCGUCAAGACGCAUCGAAUGAUAUACAAUAUACAUGGUGACCUCGAGGUCACGUGACCUGAGGUCAACCUUUGACCUUGACCUUUCGAGGUCAACAUAUAUAUCAUUCGAUGCGGAUUGACGAGAGGAUCACGAUGAUGCCCUUAGUUUGUUUCUAUCUUGACUAAUUCGAAAGUUAUUCGAGAAAAACUCUCAAUAUCUAGCGCCGCCAUUUUGACUUUUUCGACCCCUGUGACGUCAUCUUUGACCUGACCUGAAAAUGACCUUAGUAAAAAUUGUAGAUCUUGACCGUGCGUAUCCGAUGCCGUUCACCGCUUGUCGCUAUCUUGCUUCGUUCUCGAGAUCUCAGGGGGGGGGGCGGUCAUCCGCCCCCCCCCCCCGUCGGUGCGAAGUUGGCGCAGACCCCCGUCGGUGCGCGGGUUAAGUUUUUCUAUAUCUUCAAAGUCAAAUAAUCCUGUGGCUAUUUGCGCGCGUUCAUGAAUGUCAUGUGGCCUUCAAUAAGUGUCACCGUGUUAUUGUUAGUUUUCAAAUUACGUGUCUUGCACAUAUCAAUGCGUCGAAGUGUGCCGCCGGUGGCGCAUCGGGACUCAGUCCUGUGUCAGUGUGCGCGCGUUCACGAAUGUCAUGUGGCCUUCAAUAAGUGUCACCGUGUUAUUGUUAGUUUUCAAAUUACGUGUCUUGCACAUAUCAAUGCGUCGAAGUGUGCCGCCGGUGGCGCAUCGGGACUCAGUCAUGUGUCAUGUGUCAGUGUGUUAUUGUUAGUUUUCAGUUUGUGUCUUUCAGGCAGUGCUAAGCUGCCGUAACGGGCGCGCCACCGCUGGGUUAUAUAGCGAGGCCGGAAGAUGUGUACUGGCGUUGGUCUUCACACAAUGCCUCAGUUGUGAAUGACUGAUUGUUUAAAUUAAAUAAAACCUUCGUUCUCAGGCCAA